UAGUCGCUUUCGAUAGGUGCGAUUGCAAAGAUGUUCUUGUCGACUUAUUGGCUGCAGGUGGUGCUCUCCUGGGCGGUGGUUGCCUUUGCCACGGCCACGGUGGUUGUGGCGGUGCAGAACGCCAAGCUGGAAAAGGAUCUGAAGGAUGUCCAAGAGAAGAUCGACAUCUACGAGCAGUGGAAUGGAGAGAGUAGCAAUCUGCGGGCCAAACGUGAAGAUACGAUUGAUUACCGAUUGCCCACCGCGCUGGUGCCCAUUCACUACACGCUCUACUGGCAUCCGGAUCUGGAAACAGGUACCUUCACUGGCCAGGAGACGAUCCGAAUCAGUGUGGUGGAGCCCACCAACCAGAUUAUCCUGCACUCGUACCUUUUGAAUAUCACGAGUGUCUAUGUCCUGAAUCGCGUGGUGGAUAAUUUCGUGUUGGAGGAGGAGCGACAGUUUCUGAUCAUCAAUUUGACUGAAGAGCUUGCGGUGGGUGCCACUAUCACCCUGGGAAUCAUAUUCAAUGGUCAGACGCAGGACAAGCUGGUGGGUCUCUACAGCAGUUCCUACUUAAAUGAAGCGGGAGCUAUUAGAACCAUUGCCACAACCAAGUUUGAGCCCACCUAUGCCCGCCAGGGCUUCCCCUGCUUCGAUGAGCCAGCAAUGAAGGCCACGUUCGCCAUCACAGUGGUGCAUCCAACUGGUUCCUAUCAUGCCGUUUCCAACAUGCAGCAAACUGAUUCCAGCUAUCAGGGAGAUUAUACAGAGGCAAUCUUCGAGACCAGUGUGUCGAUGAGCACCUACCUGGUGUGCAUCAUUGUGUCCGACUUCGCCUCCCAGGAAACCACAAUCAACGCCAACGGCAUUGGCGAGAACUUCUCCAUGCAGGCCUACGCCACUUCCCAUCAGAUCAACAAGGUGCAGUUUGCUCUGGAGUUCGGAGCAGCCGUCACGGAGUACUACAUUCAGUACUACAAGGUUCCGUAUCCCCUGACCAAACUCGACAUGGCCGCCAUUCCCGAUUUCGCCUCGGGAGCAAUGGAACACUGGGGAUUGGUCACCUACAGAGAAACCGCUCUGCUCUACGACGAGAGCUACAGUUCCACGGCGAAUAAGCAGUCGAUUGCCGGAACUCUGGCCCACGAGAUCGCCCACCAGUGGUUCGGAAAUCUGGUCACCAUGAAAUGGUGGAACGACAUCUGGCUGAACGAGGGAUUCGCUCGAUUCAUGCAGUACAAGGGAGUGAAUGCUGUCCACCCGGAUUGGGGAAUGCUGGAUCAAUUCCAAAUCUUGGCUCUUCAACCCGUCCUGGUGUACGAUGCCAAGCUCUCCUCCCAUCCAAUUGUCCAGAAAGUGGAAACCCCGGAUGAGAUCACCGCCAUUUUCGACACAAUCAGUUACGAGAAGGGAGGUUCCGUGAUCCGCAUGUUGGAAAUCGUCGUGGGUUCCGAUAACUUGGAGCUGGCGGUGACCAAUUACCUGUUGAAGUACCAGUUCAACAACACUGUAACCGAUGAUUUCCUCACCGAAUUGGACGCAGUGAUUGGCGAGUUGAGCAUCAAGAUAAUGAUGCAAACCUGGACUGAGCAGAUGGGAUAUCCAGUUCUGAAUGUUUCCAAGGAAUCCGACGGUAGUUUCAAGGUCACCCAGCAGCGAUUCCUUUCCAAUCCCGCCAGUUAUGAGGAGGCUCCCGAAGACAGUGCCUUCGGUUACAAGUGGACUGUUCCAGUAACCUAUGUAACUGAUGAUGGGUCGGAGGGCGGUAUAUGGUUUGAUUACGAUGUGGACUCCGUGACAAUUCCCUCACCCGGCGAGAUCCAGUGGAUCAAGUUCAAUGCUAACCAGACGGGUUACUAUCGAGUUAACUACGAUGAUAGUUUGUGGACUCAGCUCAUUCAGCAGUUGAACAGCAACCCCGAAAGCUUUUUUGUCGGGGAUCGUGCUAAUCUCCUGGACGAUGCCUUUGCUCUGGCGGAUGCCAGCCAACUUUCCUACAGGAUUCCCCUGGAGAUGACCGCGUAUUUGAGCCAGGAACGCGACUUUGUGCCCUGGUAUGUGGCGGCCAACAAGCUGAGGUCCCUCCAUCGCAGCCUGAUGUUCAGCGAGGGAUAUGUGACCUAUCUGACUUAUGCCAGGAGUCUGCUCACCGGAGUUUAUGAGGAAGUGGGAUGGACCGUGGAUGCCGACAACCAUUUAAGAAAUCGCUUGAGGGUAUCCAUUUUGACUGCUGCCUGUGCUCUGGGUGUCCCAGACUGUUUGGAGCAGGCUGCCCAGCGUUUCAACGCCUUCCUCGAGAACCCUACUAGCCGACCCUCCCCCGAUCUCCGCGAGAUCGUCUACUACUACGGAAUGCAGCAGUCCACCAGUCAGUCAAACUGGCAGAAGUUGUACGAUGUCUUCGUAAACGAAACCGAUGCCAGCGAGAAGCUGAAGCUGAUGUACGGAUUGGCGGGGGUUCUGGACAGCCAGCUGCUAUUUAACUUCCUGGUUUUGGCGGGUAACGAGAGCAUUGUGCGAUCGCAGGACUACUUCACCUGUGUGCAGUACAUCGCCGCCAAUCCCGUGGGUGAGCCCGUGGUGUGGGAGUGGUACCGAGAGCAGUGGACCCAGUUGGUGGCCCGUUUCGGGCUGAACAAUCGCAACUUUGGCAGACUCAUCGCCCAGAUCACGAGUAACUUUGCCAGCUCCGUGAAGUUGGAGGAGGUGCAGCAGUUCUUCGCCAAAUAUCCGGAAUCCGGAGCAGGAGCCAAUUCCCGUUUGGAGGCCGUGGAAACCAUUAAGUACAACAUCGAGUGGCUAGCUGGAAAUCAUGGUGACAUCAACGAUUGGCUGAGUGGAACGGCCUCGCCGAUGACCAAGAAAAACCUAUUGUAAAAUAUAUGUACAUAUACGAAAAACAAAAAGCAAACAGUCCAAUUAACCAUUAACUAGAAUUGCAUAAGAAACCAGCGAAAUUUCCGUUCGAGUUCAAUAAAAUAAAAUUCCAAAAUCAAACCAUAAAAUAAAA